AGUCGAAUCCCAGUAACGCCUGCCGUCUUGCGGUCCAUAUUCGCGUCGUCGCGCACAACACUCGAAGAGCGCUCGCUCUCACGAGUCGCUUUCUUCCGGUUCACCGGGUUCCUGCUUAGUUGUGUCGCGAUCAGUCUCGCAGCUGCCCGAGGACGAGGAAUAAAGAGCGGUGCCGCAUUGCUUGGAGUG